AUGGAUGAGGAUGUGUUGACCACACUGAAGAUUCUCAUCAUCAGCGAGAGCGGGGUGGGCAAGUCCAGCCUGCUCUUGAGGUUCACAGAUGAUACUUUUGAUCCAGAACUUGCAGCAACAAUAGAUGUUGACUUUAAGGUGAAAACAAUUUCAGUGGAUGGAAAUAAGGCUAAACUUGCAAUAUUGGAUACUGCUGCUCAAGAGAGGUUUAGAACAUUAACUCCCAGCUAUUAUAGAGGUGCACAAGGUGUUAUAUUAGUCUAUGAUGUCACAAGAAGAGACACCUUUGUUAAACUGGAUAAUUGGUUAAAUGAAUUGGAAACAUACUGUACAAGAAACGACAUAGUAAACAUGCUAGUUGGAAAUAAAAUUGAUAAGGAAAAUCUGCAAAAACCUGCUGUGCUGUUCAGUGUGCCUUUGAAGAGCUUGUUGAAAAGAUCAUUCAGAUGCCAGGACUGUGGGAAAGCAAGAGCCAGAGUAAAGGAGUCAAACUGUCACACAGGGACGAGAGCCAUGGAGGAGGAGCCUGUGGUGGUUACUGUUCUGUGUUAUAAACUCUGGGAAAUUCCAUCUCUUGCAUAUUUCAUCAGAUAGUGACAUCUUUCUGUAUAUAAACUCUUAACUGCUAUCUUAGGGACCUUGCAGUUUGUACAGAAUUGUUUUUAUCAUGGCAGUGAAUAUUUGCAAGAAAUCCCACUCAUUGGCUUUCCCAGGUAAAUGUUAUGGUAAGCAUGCACAGUUUGCAGUCUAUAGAUUUUUAUGUAACAUAAAAUAGGUGUACCUUUAUAAGUACAUUUUGUUUUAUGAUUUACA